AUGGCUUCUAAAGAAAUUCCGUAUCCUCCUGAAGUCGUUCACAUUGAUAUAGUUCUUCUUACUGCAUUCAAUGAAGAAACGCUCCCUGAUUCCCUCAUGAGCCAUGUUGAAGGUCUGAUCGUUGCCAAGACUCAGGCUGAAGAAUGGGAGCAGAACCGCAGUUUGUGUGUUGCCAAGAGAUUGGAAGAAGAAGAUCGUGCAGAAAAGAAACGUGUUGAGAAGGAGAAGGCCGAAGCUUCCUUGAAAGAAAAGGAAGAGAAGAAAGCUGCUGAACUGCAGAUGAAGAAGGCUGAGAAGGAAGCAGAGGAGAAAAAAACGGCUGACCUCAUCGCCCUGAAGAAAGAAAAGGAAAUUGCCUUGAAGACUCAAGCUGAGCUUGAGAAGAAGAAAAAGAAGGCUCUGCUCGCUAAGCAGAUGAAACAAACAGCCGAAAGCAUGAAGGCUGAUAAGGCUAAAAGUAAUGCCAGGAAGAAAGCCGCCGAAAAAUUGCCUGAAGUACAGGGCGGAAAUGAAGAAGUCGAUCGGGAGAAGACUGAAUAUGAGACGAGGGAUGCAGCUCGUGAGAUCCGUCGUGAAAUUGGUCUCAAGGCCAGAAAUGAUCCAGCUGCCCCCUCUGACACUGAAGAAAGUCAGGAUUUACCUCAGACUAUUGCUGAAGUGAAGAUAACUGCCAAGGAGUUUGGUCUGAGGAUCAAAAUUCCUGCUGGAAGAAGUACCUCCACUUCAUCAUCUGUGGCAGUUUCUCAGAAGAAGAAAGCUAUUGACACCCUUGUGCCAGAUACAUCCAAUGUCAAGCUUACUUCACUUUUUGUGGAACAGGAACAAGCUGCUUCAUCUCCCAUAGUUAUGUCUGAGCACACUGCUCAGCAGGAAGAAGGAGAUGAGGUGCUGGGGAAAAACCAAGAAGACAUCACCCGUCCUGAAGAACCCCCCACCAGCAGCUCGUUGCCUCGCACUGAAUCAGUUGAUGCCUCUGCUGAAGAAGGAAGGACUUGUGACUUCGAAGCUGAAGCCACUCGUGAUUUGAAUGUCAAUGACGUAGAAACUGAUGAAGAUGCCCCAGUGCCCACGCCGGAAGUCCGUAUGAAGAGAGCUGUUGAGAAGAAGAGUGUUGCACCGUCCGACCCAUCCGAACCGUCCGACCCAAGUUCCUCGAGUGAUGAGGAGGAGGAAGAAGAGAAGAAGGAAGAAGAGAAAGAACCCACACAAGAGUCUGAUGAUCUGAUGGAGAUUGAUCGUCUGCCGGAAGAUCUGCUGAAGACUGCACCGAAAAAGAAACGAUCCGGAAUUGUUAAUGAUCGUGAAGACAGGAGACUCUCACGGAUGCUCGUGAGAUCUCAAGCUAUGUCUGAAGACAACCGUGAGUUGUUGUCUCCCAAGCCCAUGAUGCCUAUAUCCUCUGACCGAGAGAAGGUUUACUUCAAAGCCCUGAAGAACGCUGAGCUUCGCCUCGUGAGGCUGAACAACGGGCUGAAGUACAAAGAGGAGAGAUCAGCUGAAGACCGGAGGUUUUGGUCUUUUGAGCAGCAAAAUUAA